AUGGUUGAUACACUUAAAUCAAUCCACUUAUAUACCAGCUCGACAGUUGAUCCCAUCUGGUCCACGGGUCUAGGAGAAAAAGGUCAGCAUGACUUGAAAACCUUAUGCAAUGCGCUUAUGCUUGAGGGACGCAUCCUUCCACCAAAGCUUUCAGACGAGGACUAUUUAUUGAUUCUUCUUGUCUUGCUGUCAACGAUAAAUACCCUCCAGUGCUCUCUAGGACCUCUUACAUCGGCUGCCAGCUCAAUUAGACUGCGAUCUACCAGAAUCUCAGGGCAAGAUCAACAUGAACUCCAUGAUGCACUUGGUCAGGGAAUGACAACGCAGGCUCCCAACGCCACUCCACCCAAUCCCCAUGUUCCUUUCACGACAGAUAGAGACUACAACGAUCUUAAAGUUCGCCUAUCAAACUCUUUGACAAUGUGGCAGACAUCGUUUGCAGCCCGUGCCACGCAGACCUUGGGCACGGCAAAAGACGCUCCACCACAGACUUAUUCAAUGAUGGCACUACUUCAUCUAGCUAGAAUUCUCCUGGAAGGAGGACCUGCCAUGUAUGUGGUUCCUUCACUCGCUGGGUACACCGCAGAGCCAUACGAGACACUGCCAGCUUCUGUGCUCCGGCCAUGUUCACCACACAAGAUUGGAAUCUUCUUCAGCGACGACGCCGUUCAAUCUGCUGUCAAGAUACUGGAGGCGGUCGAAGAUGCACAAAACACGUUGAGUGAGGCUGACAGCGCAUCUAAACCAGGGGUCACUGUGUGCCCAAUGUGGUAUCCUUUAGCUCUUUUCUACGGCGCUUUGGUCUUGUGGGGUAGGUUGGAGGAAGAGGGCCUGGCCACAGCGACUACAAGAAGAUCAUCAAAUCGGCCUUUAUUUUCAUCACGCAGGAUCUUGCAAGGGUUCCACACGGCUUUGAAAGCGAUCGAACAGGAUUGGGACUGUGCAAGGCACAUGGCCGCGAUUGUGAAAAGCCUCAUCAGAUGA